CAGAAUUUUAUGAUCCUAAACUCGACAACAAAGAUCAAGUAUGGGUUCAGAAGAGAAGGAAAGGUCAAUACUCUGAUGCCGUGCUUAGCUGCCCAGCUUGUUUUAAUACCCUUUGCUUAGAGUGUCAAAGAUCUACUUUUGUUGCCGAGGUAGAUACAAGCAAAAAUCACCAAAAACGACUUGAACAGGUUACAGAACUCAACUAAGAAGAAGUUCUCGAAUUAGACAACACAGCUUUCCUAAAACAACCAUCACUGAGCCUACUGACUUAGUACAAUUUGACAUUGAAACUAUGGAUCAAGAUGGAAAUCAAGUUUCUGAACAAAACCAGGGAGAUGAAGCAACAGGGAAAGUAUGGAAGAAGGUGGAGCUUAAAUUCGCUCGAAAAUCAAACAACCAGCCAAAGGAAACUGCAAAAAGACCAAAAACCAUUUCCAAUGAUAAGGAGAGUGAUGAUUUUACUGUAUCAAUUGUCCAUGAAGAGGAUUUUAUUGUACCUCAAAUCAAUACUGGUGGGAAUGAGGAUGACGAAAUCAUGCUAGAUACAACUGGUGCGAAUGAGGAUGACGAAAUCAUGGUAGAUACAACUGGUGGGAAUGAGGAUGGGCAAAACAUUGGGAAUGAGGAUGGCGAAUACAUUCCAGAUACAACUGAUGGGAAUGAGGAUGGCAAAAACAUUGCUGAUACAACUAUCAACAAUGAGGGUGCUGAAAAUGUUGCUGAGGAUGCUCAAGAAAAUUUAAACAACCGGAAGACAAAAACAACAAAAUUCAAGAGGAAAAAGGAAAAUGAUGUUGAAAAUGAAGCAAACAGAAGGAAGAGGGUCAACAUACUUUAUCCUUUAGUAAAGUAUACUAAAGAUAAUAUUCAGAAAAUAGAAGGAGCUAAACAUUUUAAUAGGCCAAAGGAUGAAGUGAAAUUAAGGGUUUCCCCAAGGAUUCUUAGUGAGAUGAUAUUCAAACUCACAGAGGAACAGAGAAAAUGGGUGCAACGGUCAGGAUUUGGUUUGUUAUUCAAUUUUGAGUUAGAGAUGUUGCCGGCAAAACUUGCAUACAACGUUCUUCAAAUAUUUGACCACAACUUAGUCUCACUAAAACUGAAAAACAAUGACAUCCAAAUCACAGAAAAUGAUGUCUUUGAUGUACUUGGACUACCAUAUGGAGGUAUCAAGAUUCAGUUAGCUGAUGAAACAAAAUUCAAACAAAGAGAAGAAACUUGGAAUGCACAGUUUGCAAAUGAAAAAGAAAGAGAGCAAAUAACAGCUCAAAUGCUUGUUCAGAAAAUGAGAAAACAAGGAGUUAGUGAUACUUUCAAACUGAACUUCUUGAUAGUCAUGUCAAAUACUCUGAUUGGGACAACAAGCUCAGCUUAUGUUGACAAGCAGCUACUUAGAAUUGAUGAUGAUCUGGAGCAUUUACAAAAGUACAAUUGGUCAGAGUAUCUUCUCCAUUACUUUGUGAUAGCAACAGAGUGCUGGAAUAGGACAGCUUCAACUUUUUUUCGUGGAUCUCUGAUUUUCCUCACUUUUUUAUAUGUUGAUCGUGUAAGGCAUAUGGGAAUAAAACUGGUUGAGAGAACAUUGCCUUCGUAUAUUGGCUGGACACACGAUGAAUUGAAGGAAAGACAGAGAAUGGAAGUAACUGAUGGAGUUUUUGGAGUUGGAUCACUUGUCCCUCCAAUUAGAGAAAUUUUAAAAGAAAUCGAUUGUUCCAAAAAAGAAAAUGAUUGUUCCAAAGGACAGGCAAAGAAGAAUGAAGAUGAAGAUGAGUGGGAUGAUCCUGAAUUAUGGAAACAGAUGGAUGAAGUAGUGAAAAUCCACAAAAAGAAGAAGAAUUCAAAAACAACACAACAAACAGAUGACAUGGCUGUAGAUGAUACAGAUCAAGAACCUGCAGCAGAGGAUGUUAUUGAAUAAUUACUAACAAGAGCACAAGACUUAGUGGCUUCGAAGUUAGAAUUUGAUGAUGACCUGAAAAAAGCUCUAGAGAUGUACCCAGAUAAUGACAGCCUACACUUCAUUGUUGAAGUGAUGGAUGAACA